AUGGGGUGUCGACCCAAUGUAGUUACUUAUGGCGCUAUUCUUAACGGGAUUUACAAAUCGGGUGAUUGUGCUUUGGCUUUGAAUCUGCUCAUGGAGAUGGAGGAGAGGAACAUUAAGGUCAAUGUCAAAAUUUACAGUAUGAUAAUUGAUGGUCUAUGUAAAGGCGGACACAUAGAUGUUGCAUUGAGCCUUUUCGAAAAGAUGGAUAGCAAAGGGAUUGCUCCAGAUGUUGUCACCUACAGUUGUUUGAUAAACGGCCUUUGCGUUUUCGACAGAUGGAACGAUGUUGUCCGACUGUUGAAUGAUAUGGCCAAAAGAAAAAUCUUCCCUAAUAUUGUCACUUUCAGUGCAUUGAUCGAUGCGUUUUUUAAAGAGGGGAAGUUUUUGGAGAAUCGCCUUGACGAGGCAAAACAGUUGUUCGAUUCUAUGUUCAAUAAAGGAUGCCAUCCGAAUGCAGUGACUUUUAAUUGUCUUAUAAAUGGUUACUGCAAGUCUAAUAAGGUUGACGAGGGUAUGAACCUCUUUCAUGAGAUGUCUCGAAAAGGGUUGGUCGGUGAUACAUGUACUUACAGCACUCUCAUACAAGGAUUUUUCCGAGCGGGCAAAGCCAAUGUCGCCCAUAAACUCUUUUUAGAGAUGCAGAGACAAGGUGUGGAUCCUGAUCUUGUAACUUACACGGUAAUGCUUGAUGGUCUUUGUAAGAAUCGAAAACUGGACGAGGCACUUGGAUUGUAUUGCGAGUUGGAAACGAGUGGGAUUGACCUCGAUAUCUUUGUCCAUAGUGUUAUGAUGAAUGGCUUGUGCAAGGGUGACAAGGUUGAUGAGGCACUCAGAUUGUUUAAUAAACUUUCUGAUAAAGGGAUUGAACCGAACGUAAACACGUACAAUUCAAUGAUUAUUGGAUUUUGUGGAAAAGGUAUACUCGAUGAAGCCGACAAGCUGUUUAAAAACAUGAAAGAGGUUGGUUGUAUGCCAGAUGAUUGUACGUAUAAUGUACUGAUCCGAGGUCAUCUCAAAAGUCGCCAUGUAACACCAGUUAUCGAGCUGAUUCGAGAAAUGCGAAGCCACGGUUUUUCUUCGGAUGUUUCAACAAUGGAAAUGGUUGUUGAUAUGUUAUUGGACAGGAGGUUGGAGAAAAGUUUUUUGGAUCUUCUUUCUCGGUGA